GAUGGCGGGUAGAGGUACACCACCUCCCACCCCUCUGUCACGGCGCGCGUGUGUGUAUAUGUGUGUGUGAGAGAGAGAAAGAAAGUGGAGGGUCGGCCGUGCUGGAGGAGUCAUGUUGCUGCUGCGCGCUCUCAAGCUGGCCCCCCGGUUGGGCGCGUCGCGGGCCGCGUGGCCGCGUCUCUACCAUGGCGACGUGGUGGCCACGAUCGGGUCCGCGCCAGACACGACGUCAGCCACUUACCAGGAAAAUUAUGAAAAUAUGCAAUCCUUGGUAACGGAGAUGAAGGAGAGAGUUGAGAAAGUAAAGCAAGGUGGGGGAGAGAAGGCCCGAGCGCUGCACACAUCUCGUGGGAAACUGCUGCCUCGCGAGAGGAUAGACAAACUCCUCGACCCAGGGUCACCUUUCUUGGAGCUGUCGCAGUUUGCUGGCUAUGAGCUCUAUGGGGAUGAAAACGUACCAGCUGGAGGAAUCAUUACCGGUGUUGGGCGUGUGUCUGGGGUGGAGUGUGUGGUGGUCGCCAAUGACGCCACAGUGAAAGGCGGCACCUACUACCCAGUAACGGUCAAGAAGCACCUGCGUGCCCAGGAGGUGGCACGGGAAAACUUCUUGCCGUGCAUCUACCUGGUGGACUCUGGUGGGGCCAAUCUUCCGCGGCAAGCUGAUGUGUUCCCAGACCGGGACCACUUUGGCAGAAUCUUCUUCAACCAAGCCAACCUUUCAUCAGAGGGCAUCUCACAGAUAGCGGUGGUGAUGGGGUCAUGUACAGCUGGUGGCGCCUACAUUCCGUCUAUGGCAGAUGAGAGCAUCAUCGUGCGGAAACAGGGCACUAUUUUCCUUGGAGGCCCUCCCCUGGUGAAGGCUGCCACAGGUGAGGUGGUGACAGCUGAGGAUCUGGGAGGCGCCGAUCUCCACUGCAGUAAGUCUGGCGUAACGGACCAUUAUGCCUUGGAUGACCACCAUGCACUUCAUCUGGCACGUAAGGUGGUGCGCAGCCUCAACUAUAAGAAGAAUCUUAAUGUGACAUUAGAAGAGCCACAGGAACCACUGUUUCCAACCGACGAGCUGUACGGCAUUGUGGGAGCAAACCUGAAGCGUUCCUUCGACAUCCGAGAGGUGAUUGCUCGAGUGGUGGAUGGCAGCAAGUUUGACGAGUUCAAAGCCAUGUAUGGUGAUACUCUGGUGACAGGCUUUGCCCGCAUUUUUGGAUACCCGGUUGGAAUAAUAGGAAAUAAUGGCGUGUUGUUUUCUGAGUCAGCCAAGAAGGGCACACACUUCAUUCAGCUGUGCUGUAAGCGGAACAUCCCACUUAUCUUCCUACAAAAUAUCACAGGAUUCAUGGUCGGGCGUGACUAUGAGGCUGGUGGCAUCGCGAAGGAUGGUGCCAAGAUGGUUACGGCAGUGGCGUGCGCAAAUGUCCCCAAAAUUACCCUCAUUGUUGGAGGCUCCUACGGCGCUGGCAACUAUGGCAUGUGUGGCCGUGCCUACAGCCCGCGGUUCCUGUUUAUGUGGCCCAACGCUCGCAUCUCCGUGAUGGGAGGGGAGCAAGCAGCCACUGUGCUGGCCACCAUCACCCAGGACCGCUACGCUCGUGAGGGCAAGCAGAUGACUCCAGAAGAAGAAGCUGCUCUCAAACAACCCAUCAUUCAGAGAUUCGAAGAGGAAGGCUCCCCAUACUACUCAAGCGCAAGGUUGUGGGAUGACGGCGUCAUUGACCCGGCUGACACACGCAUUGUGCUUGGACUUAGCCUGAGUGCCACCCUCAAUGCUCCGACUAAACAAACGCACUUUGGGGUUUUCCGCAUGUAAUGAACAUCAACACACGUGCUCAAAUUGUCUAUGCGUGUAAACCAAGCACAGCAUUAAACGUGUUGAUUUGUGUGUAUCUCUUACAAGACAGUUUAAAUAUCAUUUCUUGAUACUUCUAACAUUUCACAAUCAGAUUAAAAUCUGUAUAAUCCACCAGCAAUGUUUCUCUUUUGGUGCCAUACAAUGCAAUUGUGUUUUAUUACAUUUCUAUCAGCUGUUAUGCUAAAUGGACUACAUUAUGCUGUGUCUCCACCUGGGGAGUUUCAAGUUGAAAAGGAAUUGUUAACACACUGUCAAUUAUUUCCUUAUAACCUGACGAGAGUAAGUUAAUAUAUAGAGUAUAUCAUAUACAGGCAUCCCCCGCUAUAUACGUUCCUGGGAAAUGCUACUUGACCAGAAAUUACUUAUAUUUUUGCAUUGUUUUGAAAUAUGGAAAACAUUACACUUAUAAGAAAAUGUGUUCCCGAAUUAAUCAGCAAUGUAUAUGUGCAACAACACAAUGUGGAAACCUAUAGCGGGGAAUACCUAUGUAUUGUGUUUAUAUAAUAUAUAUUAUACUGGGUAUAAACUUGUUGUUGCAUAAUGAGUGUCCCGUUAUUUAAGAAGGCUUCAAGUCCUUUUAAUAUAGAUUAUGUUGUGUAUAGGAGACCCUGCAAACAUACAUAUGGAAACUUAAUUUGGAGCUUUCGUGACUGCAGGAAUUAUUCUUUGGUUCUUUCGGUAAAGUCACGUAUAAAGAUAAAAUAAUAAAUUUAAUUAAAUACUAGCAUACGACGUUUCAUACAUAUGGACAUACUCUGAUCUGAAUUAUGGGUAAUUGGGAAUAAAACAUUAAAAAAAUUGAUGUCAUGUUUUUCUAAAAAUAAAUUAUGGUACAGAAUGAAUAAAUCAAACCCACUUUGAA